AUUACAAACAUUUUGAAAGCUGAAUGGUUACCACAUUUUAACUGCAAGCUAAAGCUCACCCAAGGCCGAUAUGUGUUACGAAACUGUUGAAACUUGAAUCAUUGCCUGUCAGUCUAUAGGUGAACUAACCUGAGGUCGUUUGCCCCUGGUCCAUAAGCCUGUGUGGGGCGUAUUUGUUCUACUGCAGUGGAAAAGGAUUUCUGUUAUUUGGCGUAAACCCUGCCGUGUAGCCAGUGUGUUAUAGCCUGAAUAACUGGAUUACGUCAAUCUCCAAAACAAAUUUACUCGAACAAGAUCACGGAAGUCAGUCAGCUGACUCGUUCGGAUGACUUCUCAACGUUUACAGCAUAUAAAGGAUCAUAUAUUGGCUGCGAAUAAGUGUGCGGAAAUGACCACGCCUCCGCCAAGCCCACUUUCAACGCAUGUGCUCAACACAGGCCGGGGGGUCCCUGGGGCUGGUAUGGCCCUCAGUCUGCAUCGUCUGGACCCCUGCACUGAGAACUGGAACCUUCUCAUCUCAGGGGCAACCAAUGAUGAUGGACGCUGCCCAGGCCUCAUAACAAGAGAGGGUUUUAUACCCGGAGUUUAUAAGAUGCGCUUUGAGACAGGGCAGUACUGGAAGGAGCUGGGAGAGAGUUGUUUUUACCCAUAUGUUGAGAUAGUCUUUACAAUAACGGAUCAUUCUCAGAAGUUCCAUGUGCCACUUUUGCUCAGCCGGUUCUCGUACAGCACCUACAGAGGCAGCUAGAGGCCACAAGCCAAGUCUCCUGGAUGUUGGCCUAUUGGCCCGACCACACUUUGACAUGGCCGAGUUCUAUUGGAAUCCUUUGGAUGGUUGAAAUUAAAAACCACUCGUAGUAGCUGACACUGUAGGCUUCCCAGCAUGUGUUGAGAUGAAAUUGAGUAAUAAAAAAAAGACUAUGUUGUCUUAAUGCCUGUAA